AGAUAAUGUUGACAUUUUGUCAUCGACGUCAACAGGCGUUUUUAUUGGAAUUUUGUCGGUUCUUGUUUUAGUAAAUUCGAAAAAUGGAGGCUUUAUUUGCACUACCAUUCACGGUCCUGGAAAUUCCUAAUAUUAAAAUUAAGAAGCCGACAUGGCUUCAGGCUCCGUCUGCCAUGACAACAUUCUCAUUGGUGCUGCUAUCAUACUUUUUAGUAACAGGAGGGAUAAUAUACGACGUGAUUGUGGAGCCACCGAGCGUGGGUUCAACGACCGACGAACAUGGGCACAGUAGGCCGGUCGCCUUCAUGCCAAAUCGCGUAAAUGGCCAAUACAUCAUGGAGGGUUUGGCGUCCAGCUUCCUCUUCUCUCUGGGCGGGCUCGGCUUCAUCAUUCUGGACCGCACACACAACCCUUCGACGCCAAAAUUAAAUCGAAUUUUGUUAAUCUCAGUAGCUUUCCUAUGUAUUCUUGUAUCUUUCUUUACAACCUGGAUAUUCAUGAGGAUGAAGCUGCCAGGUUACCUACAGAACUGAUUGCUAAUAGAUUAAGCAAAGUCACAAAAUGUUUUUUAAUAAGUUUAUUAAAUAUUUUUUAUAUCCAUUA